GUUCGGCUGUUCCCCGGCGGACGACUUCAGCUCCGGCGAGCGCCUUCGAUCUCAGGCGACAAAGUUCUGCUACGCGCAUGUACCGAGAUCCUCCAAUUGUUUUCUCUGAUGCUCCUCCGGCUGGAUCCGCUGCAAAUUGGCAUACCGAAGAUGGGGCGGCAAAUGAGGAGAGUUUUGUUCAGCAACCUUUCACAAGUCAUGGUGGUGGGGAUUCAGGUGGUGUCCUAAACACUCACGGUGGAAUGCAUGAUGCAGAUGAGGAUGAUGAUAUUUCAUCUCAGCCACUUCUGCCCUAUGUUGGCAUGGAAUUUGACUCAAUUGAAGAUGCCCAAAAGUUCUAUAAUGACUACGCAUUUGGAACGGGUUUUGGCUCACGCAUAGCUUCCUCAAAGAACAGCCAGAAGAAAGGUCCACAACAACUUAUCAAGAGGGUCUUCCAAUGUGUGCAUGCUGGCAAACCGGAGACUACAUGUGAGACAAGCAGCCACUCGGAAGGAAUUGCAGCAGGGGGAAGCUCAUCAAGCAAGCAGGCCGGGGUUGAAAUGGAUGUGACAGUCAAGCGUCAGAGGAAUCGGAUUAUGCGUUAUGAUUGCAAAGCUCAUAUGAUUGUUGGCCUCAGGGGCAAUAAGUGGGUUGUUACCUACUUUGUUGCACAACAUACACACCCUUUGAUGCAGCAUGAGGAGAUUGUGAGGUUCUACCGCUCAGACCGCAAAAUUCCAGAAGAAGAUUACCAACUACUGAUGACAAUGCAUGAUGUAAACUUGUCAACUACAAAUUGCAUGGGAAUGCUUGGAAUGGUCCAUGGCGGAGACCGGAGGAAACUGCCAUAUGUGAAGAAGGAUGUUUCAAAUGCGCGUUGCAAGCUGCGACAAAAUCAGUCAUUUCAGGACAUGGAUAUGACGGUUGCUUACUUUAAGAGGCGUCAAGCUGAGAAUGCUCAAUUCUACUACGCAACAGAAGUUGACAAAGAAACAAACGAAGUGACAACUCUGUUUUGGGUGGAUGGAAGGACAAGAGCAUUGUACCCAAAGUACAAAGAUUGUGUGUUCUUUGACACAACAUUUUACACAAAUCGGUACAAUCUGCCUUUCGCUCCUAUUGUUGGUGUGAACAACCACUUCCAAACCGUGCUGCUAGGUUGUGCCUUGGUGCCAAAUGAACAAAUAGAAACUUUCAAGUGGGUGUUUCAACAUUGGAUGAUUGCAUGAAUAAUGAGCACCCGUUGCACCUAAUGACUG